GAGGGAGGGAAAAAAAGCACAGCCUGACAACGUACGCAUGUGAGAAAUAGGGGGACAGGCAGGAAAGAUGAGAGGCAGAAUCGCUGUGAGGGAGAGCAGGCAUGUUCGCAGCUGUGACAGAACAGGAAAGAGAAGUGCUGAAGACACCAGCUUUCAGGUAGCUACCCUGAUAUGUUUCCACGUUACCUGCCUCAAACUUAAAAAGGCAUCAUGCAGCAGCCAGAAAUCAGCUAAUCCUGGAACUAUUGGAACCCCUAGCAACAUCUGGAGGAACACCAGGAUUCCACGUGAACCCUGGUUGAGAAAGGCUGCUCUACAGAACUGUUGCCUGUUGCCAUAUUAACGGUGGUUAAUAUGAAUCAUGAAUAAAAUCUAGGAAACAAGCGGGUCUGAAUUAAAAAGGAUUAAACGUGGUCUGAUGUUUUAAAUCGCUAGGAUGAAAGCGGAUUAGAUGGGAGCAAGCUGCUGUGAUCUGCCAUCAAGGGUGCCAAGUUUUGCACACACAGAUGAACUACUGUUUGGAUGAUCAAGCAUGGAGGUGCCAUUUGCCAAAGACUUCCACUGGCAAACACUAGCACCGCUUUCCAGCCCGCGUGUGUACUGUUCUCUUGUAGAAGCUGGAGGGCAGAUCUUUGCUGUGGGAGGAUGCGAUGAGGCAGGAAACCCAAUGAACACUUUCGAACUGUUUUCUCCAGAAGCUAAUCGCUGGACCAGCCUAGCGCCAAUGCCAUCUGCUAGAGCUGGGGUAGCAUUGGUCUCGUUGGGCAAGAGAAUUAUGGUAGUUGGAGGAGUGGGAGAAAACCAGUCACCUUUAAAAGUGGUAGAGGUCUACAAUAUCGAUGAGGGCAAGUGGAAGAAGAAGAGCUCCCUUCGUGAGCCAGCCAUGGGUAUAUCAAUCACUGCAAGAGAUUGCAGGGUUUAUGCAGCAGGAGGCAUGGGUUCAGAUCUGCGACCACAUAAUUUCCUUCAGCAAUUUGACAUGCUAAAAGAUAUUUGGGUCCAUCUUGCCCCGAUGCCAACACCUCGGUAUGGUGCUACCUCCUUCCUACGAGGAACAAAGAUUUACGUACUAGGUGGCAGGCAAUCUAAAUAUGCAGUACCUGCUUUUGAAGUCUUUGACAUUGAAACACGUUCCUGGACAAAGUUCCCCAAUAUACCAAACAAAAGAGCCUACUCUAGAUAUGUGCUAAAUGAUGGUUCCAUCUACAGUUUAGGAGGACUGCGACAAGGAGGUACAUACCGCAGGCCAAAAUUUACCAAGACUGUGGAUUUAUUUGAUAUGGAGCAAGGUGGCUGGGUGAAAAUAGAUCGCUCCUGCUUUCUAAGGAAAAGAAGAGCCGAUUUUGUUUCUGGUGCAAUACACGGAAGAGUUGUUGUUGCAGGGGGUCUUGGAAACCAACCAACAGUCCUGGAAACGGCAGAAAUAUUCCAUCCUCUGAAGAACCGGUGGGAAAGUCUAAGCCCAAUGCCAACGCCACGGUGUGCCUGUGCCUGUAUUGUCCUGAAAAAUAAAUUGUAUGCAAUAGGAGGAGUAAACCAAGUUCCUAGUUCUGCUGUAGAAAUGCUGAGUGUGGUGGAGACUUGACUAAAUUUUGCCUUUAAAGUGGUUGUAAGGACUGAGAGAUUAAAAAAAAGCACAGCAUUUUC